AUUGCAACAUGGUGUCCAACUCCCCAUGCACCUUCACAGAUCCUGGGAUCAACUAUACCGAUCUCAUCGGGAGCGUCUCGUGCAAGACAUGCACCCAGAGCUCGGACGCCCGCUGUUCCGCAGCGGGCAUUGCUCAAGCUUUCGACACAGGUGCUCCAUCCUCGGUGAAGGCGGUGUACUGCAACGACCAGUUCCUUGUGGUGUGGUCUUCCGGCCAGCCACCAGAUGACAGCACGCUCGCUGGCGUCCCCCGACCCCCAGGCGGCUCGGGGGGCGCCACCUACGACACCCAGUGCGUCACGAGAUCGACGAUCCCGCAGUCUCAGACCUAUAAGAUUCCGCUGAGCCCGCCUGCUGACGAGUCCUACGAGUGGACGCCGAACCCCCCUGCCGGAGCGAGCGGUGUUGGCCGGAAUGGGGUGCCUUUCUACCCUGGCUUGGACAACGGCGGCCACUGGGUCUGGGAUGUCUGUGAGGCGGACAAGUGCAAUGCGCAUGUGGGAAGAGGUGGAGACUACCACUACCAUGGCGAUCCGAUUGGGCCCAACUGCGUGUACACCCUGGAUAACUACACUGGCAGCGACCCACACAGCCUGACCAUCGGCUACGCGCUGGACGGAUAUACAAUCUUCGGUCGCUACAGCGAAAGUGGCCAGCCAGGUAUUGACACGGACCUGGACCUUUGCGGUGGCCAUUCGCACGACAGCUAUGGCUACCACUACCACCCCAGUGUUGAGACGCGAACUGGGUCUGGGGCGAUGGUUACUUCCAGCUACACGGCCUUCUACCUUGGGCCAAAGAAGUGCUUCAAGGGACAGGUGAGUAGCAUCUCCAACUACUACGCGGAUGCCUCGAAGCCAUAUGUGCAAAACGGCAUGGACGUGGGCCAGCCCAACUAUGACAAUUCGCUGGCCUCGACCCGCUAUGACCCCUCGUCCCGAAACGACUAUGAGGACCUACGACCUUGCUGCACUAUGAGCGACUCCUGGGCAGCCAAGGACAUCGCCUUUGACACGACCGGGAACACAGGAAGGGACGGGGCCACGGGCCGCGACGGCAGUUCCACCGGCGGCGGCACUGACACCGGGGAUAAGCUGGGGAGUUGCACCGGCACCGACGACAAGGGCAAAGCCUGCCCACCGGACUACACCGCAGACAAGCCUUGCCCUCCGGGCUGCACAACGGUCCCCAACAGUGGUGACGAUGCGGGUGACGAUGGAGGAGGUGGCUCCACCACUGCUUCUCCCGCUUAUACCUGGACGACCUCCAACACCAACGCCUACAUGUGCGAUGCUGCGCUGGACACCUCAGCCCGCGUGCUCGCAUGUGGUCAGGCGGAGUAUCCCGCGGGGGUGAACGAAGGUUCUGAAGCCACGGUUUCGUGCGCCUCAGGGACAAUCGAGUGCUUUGUUUUCGCCUCCACCGGCAAAGUUGGCGGCAGCUGUGGGGGUGAUCCUUUCCUGGAAGACCCCGGAGGGGAGUUUGCCCACAUGCCCGAGUCCGUCGGCACCGCCUGUCAGGGGCAAGCAACAUGCACUGUCACCAUGGGCGACGGGACAUUGAACUCGGCGACGACAUCGCCUUCCACCGUGGGCUACUCCUUGAACAAGUUCAAAGCAGUGGCUGUGUGCACUGAGGCCAGCACCAGUAGCGGAGGCGAUGAUCAAUCGACAUCCACGCCCUCCGCCACGUCAAGCACAACAAGUGGGGACGACGAUGGAGGUCAGUCCACCUCCUCGGCCACCCCCCCAGCAAACGUCUCGGGAGCUUCCUCCCUAGCCAUGUCGGGGCUCUGGAUGGCCCUACUCCUCUGGCGCUACGAGUCAUGA